AAAAGAGAGAAAACCGCGGGAAAAUGUCUGCGGCGACGGCUGUGGUGAAGGGAUUGGUGCUGUCCCGGCCAGUGACUUUUGUCACCGGCAACGCCAAGAAGCUCGAGGAAGUUCGUGCUAUUCUCGGCAACUCGAUUCCCUUUCAAUCCCUCAAACUUGACUUGCUGGAGCUACAAGGUGAGCCUGAGGAUAUCUCCAAGGAAAAGGCUAAGAUUGCUGCCAAAGAGGUGAAUGGACCGGUGCUGGUGGAAGAUACUUGCCUCUGUUUCAAUGCCCUCAAGGGUCUGCCAGGGCCUUAUAUCAAGUGGUUUUUGCAGAAGAUUGGACAUGAAGGUCUGAACAACUUACUGAUGGCAUAUGAAGAUAAAUCAGCCUAUGCUCUUUGUAUAUUUUCUCUUGCUCUUGGGCCAAAUAUGGAGCCAAUAACUUUUCUAGGAAAAACUGCGGGCAAAAUUGUUCCUGCCAAAGGACCCAAUGACUUUGGAUGGGAUCCCGUCUUUCAACCUGAUGGCUAUAAUGAAACGUAUGCUGAGAUGCCGAAGGAAGAAAAGAACAAGAUCUCCCACCGCUCCAAAGCUCUUUCCCUGGUGAAAUCCCAUCUUGCUGAGGCUGGAUAUACAUUUCAAACUGACACGACAAUCGCAGAGUAAGCUAUGAGGUCUUAUCGAUCCAAAAGUUUUAGGCAAUUGCACAUCACAAGCUCUUGAAGACAUGAAUAGGACUGUAAAGAAACGAUUAUUAUUCUGUUUAUGAUCACAGAUUAGAUCACGGAAAUCUGAUUUAGUGCUGUCAGCUAAAUCUGUAUCUUUGACUCAUCAAACUGCACACUGGAGUUGACUUAUAAAAGGAGAUUAUACGACUAAAGUUUCAAUAAACAACGUAAACUAACCAAAACUUGUGCUAGAUACACUGCUUUUGGUUGUUCCAUCUAGCUGAUAGUUCACAGGACGGACAACUGCAUUAUUCGGUUUGGUUAGAAUUUCUGCUCUCAUUAACUUUUGUAGCUGAAAUACAAUGUACUGUUUAACUUGAGAAUGGCUGUUCAUAUGGUGUUAA